AAAAUACUGAGUACAUUCUGUGGUGGGGCGGGGGGGAACAUUUCAGAAGCACUUUAAAGAGUAAUUGAAUCAUGUGUUGCUGGACUGUGGAGGCACUGCUACUGACCCUGGUUGGACUGCAGACAGUUAUGGGGAAAGGACACUGGUGCGAACACACAAUACAGCAAAAAGUGGAUCGGGUCCUGACCCCGCGCCUGCAGCUGGAGGUGAGCUGCUCUGAAGUGUACCAGUAUAACACCCAAGGCUGGAGACUGGAUGUGGAGUCCAUGAGGUCAAAGUAUGGCGGCGAUGAUGGCAUAGCGCUCUACUAUCAACAGCACGGUCUCAAGGCACUCUGCUCGUUGUACAAACUGCCAGUCAUGGAAAGCCAAAUGUUGAACAAGACAGUGAGAGCAUGCUGUGAAGGUUGGAGUGGACAGCAGUGCUCGGACGGUGUAGGAACGCAUGGGCAGUGUUACUCCACCUGGAGUUGUGCAGAGUUCCCUGGAGUCCACAACGCCUCCCUAAUGACGAUGGAGCAGUGCUGCGGCAGCCAGUGGGGAUUAAGUUGGAGGAAUGCCUCGGGCCAGACCUGCUUGUCCUGCACUUACACUCUCCUGCCAGACUCGCAGUUCUCCCCGCUAGUACGUGGGGGUCUUCUCAGUAGCGUGAGGACGCCUCAAGGCUCAGCAACCUGCAUGUCUUGGGGUGGAUCCCACUAUCGCACUUUUGACAAGAAGCACUUCCACUUCCAAGGUAGCUGCACUUACAUGCUAGCCUCAUCCAUUGAUGGGACCUGGGCAGUCUACAUCAGCACGGUCUGUGCCAGUGCAGGAGACUGUAGUAAGGCUCUAAAGAUGAUGAUGGGCCUUAACUUAGUUACAAUUCACCACGGGAAUUUAACCCUCAACAACCUUCACGUUCCAAAUGGCGAACCCCUGUUUCAAAAUGGAGUGAGUAUCCACUGGCUUGGAGAUUAUGUGUUUGUGGAGAGUGUUCUCGGGGUGAGGGUGAAGUUUGACCUGGUCAACAGUGUCUAUGUGACAGUAACAUCUGAGCAUCUGACAGCCACUAGGGGGCUUUGUGGAAUCUACAACAACAACCCAAAUGAUGAUUUCACCACAAUGGGAGGAAUUGUGUCCCAGUACGCUGCUAGCUUUGGCAACUCAUGGAAAGUUCCUGACCAGCAGAAUGAAGGUUGCGGUGAUGCCGCAGAGCUUGGACACAGUUGUGAUGUAACGGGAGAUGCUGCCUUACGCCGGCAAGCAGAGUCCAAGUGUCAUCGACUACUAGAAAUCCCCUUCAGGCAGUGUCACCCUCGCCUGGACCCAGCAGCGUACCUCGAUACAUGCCUGUAUCUUUUCUGUAGCUUGCCACCCAAGGAGAGGGAAGCAGCAGUAUGUGACACACUGGCGAGCUAUGCUCGAGAGUGUGCCCAGCAACAUGUCAUCAUCAUCUGGAGGGCAGGCAACCUAUGUGCUCGCAUCUGUCCCAGAAGGCAAGUCUUUUCAGACUGCGUGUCCUCAUGUCCCCCUAGCUGUGCAUCCCCCCAGGCUCCAGGAUCAGCGUCAUCAGGGGGUCAGUGCCGGGAGGAGUGCGUUGGGGGGUGCGAGUGUCUUCCAGGACUCUUUCUUCACCAGGGACAGUGUCUAAAAAGAGAUGAUUGCCCUUGCUACCAUCGUCGGCGUACAUACCAGCCGGGAGACAAGAUACAGCAGAGAUGCAACACCUGCGUUUGUCAAGAAGGUCAGUGGCAGUGUACUGGGGAGAAAUGUGCUGCUCAGUGCAGUCUGAUGGGAGCGCUACAUGUCACCACCUUUGACAAAAAGCGAUACUCGUUAAAAGGAGGGGACUGUCCUUUUACUACUGUGGAGGACUACGUCGAUCGAAAGCUUGUGGUGACCGUACGCUCUGGAGAGUGCACAGCAGGAGGAGGAAGCGGUGCAACAGGCCUCGGAUGUCUAAUCGAGAUGACAGUUACAGCACUUCGCACCACAGUCAUCAUCACUGACACCGGUGUGGUGACGUUGAACGGCCAGAGGGAACUGUUGCCUGUGGUGACCGGCGACCUGGUAGUGCGGAGGGCAUCGUCUGCCUUUCUCCUUAUCCAGACUUUUGGAGCUCAGCUUCUGUGGCACCUCGAUGGACCCCUCAUCAUCAUUACUUUGCAGCCUCAUUUUACAAACAAGGUGCGCGGCCUUUGUGGAACGCUGACCUGGAACCAGCAUGAUGAUUUUAUGACCCCGGAAGGAGAUGUGGAGAGCAGCGUGUCGUCUUUUGCUGGCAAAUUCACCACAGAACAUUGCACUCUACCCGGAGGAGCGUCUCCAGACCCCUGCAUGACUUACACUCAGAAGAGACACUAUGCCGACGUUGUCUGCGCCAUCAUUCACAGCCAAGUAUUCCAGGCAUGUCACGAUGUUGUGGAGAGGGAGCCCUAUUUUCGCCUCUGUCGAUCCGAAGUGUGCAGCUGUGCGGCGCAGAGGGCCUGUCAUUGCACAGUGCUCACUGCCUUUGCCCGACACUGUGCCCAGGAGGGUAUCGUUGUCCAAUGGCGGAACCAGACCUUCUGCCCCAUCCAGUGUUCCGGGGGUCAGGUCCAUCAUGAGUGCGGACGAGCAUGCGGUCGCAAGUGUUCAGACCUGCAGCACGGCUGGAGCUGUGAUGAUGACGGCAGCGGUGGCGGUGAUGAGCUUUGUGUUCCGGGUUGCCAGUGCCCUGCAGGACUCGUGCAGGACUACCAAAGCCAGUGUGUGCCCACCACGAUGUGCCCUUGUGUUCAAGGAGACAAGAUGUAUCUCCCUGGGGAAUUUGUUCAGAACGGCUGUAACACCUGCGUGUGUGAGGAGGGGCGUUUUAACUGCACGCGGGCCCCCUGCAAAGAGGUCAACAAGUGUCCUGGCCCUCUGAUCUACGCUCCACGUUCAUGCCUCCUCACGUGCGCCAGUUUGGACCCCCCAAAUCAGCAGCAGGGGUCCGGCCUCCUGAGUUGCAUAGAGCCCCUCUCUGGCUGUGUGUGCCCCCCCGGAACUGUCCUGCUUGGUGAUCAAUGCGUCCUCCCUGCAGAGUGCCCGUGUCGCCAUAAUGGCCGCCUGUACUACAGCAACGACACCAUCACGAAAGACUGCAACACAUGUGUGUGUAAGGAGCGCCACUGGCACUGUAGCCAGUCGGCCUGCGCCGGCAUGUGCGUGGCUACCGGAGACCCUCAUUACGUGACGUUCGAUGGCCGCUACUUCUCUUUCCUGGGAGACUGCCAGUAUGUCCUGGCGAGGGAGACCAGCGGGUUGUUCAGUGUCACGGCGGAGAACGUGCCCUGCGGAAGCACCGGGGUCACCUGUACCAAGUCUGUUACCCUCAGCCUUGGGAACACCAUUAUACACCUGCUGAGGGGUAAGGCAGUGACCGUUAAUGGGAUGCCAGUUACGCUACCCAAGACAUACAGCGGGAGUGGUCUGACUUUGGAAAAAGUGGGCAUGUUUGUGUCGCUUUCCUCCAGACUUGGGGUCACCCUGCUGUGGGAUGGAGGGAUGCGUGUGUACGUGCGCCUGGCCGCACACUUGAGGGGAAACGUUGGAGGCCUUUGCGGUAACUUCGAUGGGGACACGGAGAAUGACUUCACCACACGACAAGGCAUCGUGGAGUCCACCGCUGAGCUAUUUGGGAAUUCUUGGAAGGUCAGCCCAUCCUGCCCCGAUGUAGCAGACCAAGAUCUUCGAGACCCCUGCUCGGUUAACUCACACAGAGUACCGUGGGCCAGGAAAAGAUGUGGCAUCUUGACUCAGGAGCUCUUCUCUCCAUGCCACCUUGAAGUGCCCUUCCAGCAGUAUUAUGACUGGUGUGUCUUUGAUGCAUGUGGCUGCGACUCCGGUGGGGACUGUGAGUGCUUGUGCACAGCCAUCGCCACCUAUGCCGAGGAGUGUAACCGCAGGGGGGUGUACAUUCGCUGGAGGUCUCAGGAGCUGUGUCCCCUGCAAUGCGAAAAUGGACUUGUUUAUGACCCGUGCGGUCCGGCUUGCUCCCCUUCAUGUCCCAAUGUGCAUCAGAGUCCUCACUCCCAGUGUGACGUCCUUUCCUGUGUGGAGGGCUGCUUCUGUCCCGCUGGUACUGUUCGAUACGGUGACAGCUGUGAAGUUCCUACCCAGUGUCCAUGUGAGUGGAAGGGGUCCAUGUUUCCUCCUGGAACUACAAUCACUCAACACUGCCAGAACUGUUCUUGCGAAGAUGGUCUGUGGCAUUGCGAUGGGGUAGCUUGCACCCAUCCCACGCCAACCUGUCAGGAAUCCGAGUUUUCCUGCGCAAGCGGUCUCUGUGUCCCCUCUGACUGGGUAUGUGACAAUGAAGAUGACUGUGGUGACGGCACUGAUGAGAUUUGUCCAUUCACCUGCUCACCGGAACAUUUCCGCUGCACCAGCACGCCGAGUGGACCGUGUUUGAACUUAGCUUUGCGUUGUGACGGCCACCCGGACUGUGCUGACCAAUCAGACGAGGAGCUCUGUGGCCCCGCCACUCCAGUGCCCCUGUGCCCACCGGGGGAGUUUCAGUGCGCCAACGGGAAAUGCCUCUCAGCCAGCCGUGUGUGUGACGGACGGUUGGACUGUGGCUUUGCUGAUGGUUCUGAUGAGCAAGAUUGUGGUGUCAUGUGCGAUGAAGGAGAGUUCCUCUGUGCUGGAGGACGAUGUAUUCUUUACCUUCAUCGUUGUGACGGCCAUGAUGACUGCGGAGAUCUCAGUGAUGAAAGGGGAUGUGUUUGUGCACAAACGGAAUUUCAGUGCCCAGGGGCCCAGUGUGUCCCUGCAGAGAAAGUAUGUGAUGGACUGAGAGAUUGCCCGUCUGGAACAGAUGAAGCUGUCUGUCCAGUUGGAGUGACAUGCGGACCCGACCAGUUCGCCUGCCGUGACGGCACUUGUGUUGCCAUCACUACGCUGUGCGAUGGAGCACGAGACUGCCCGGCUGGAGAGGACGAAAAACCAGCCAACUGUUAUUCUUUCAUUACUCCGCUACCUUCACCUUUGACCCCGACCGUGCCAACCUCAGGUUGCUGGUCCUAUGAGUUUGCCUGUGCCACUGGUGGGCAGUGCGUGCCCCAAACUUGGCAUUGUGAUGGCGAGUCCGACUGUUUGGACGGUAGUGAUGAGCAGCAGUGCCCUUCACUCUGCGGUCCUGGCCAAGUACUCUGCCUGAGCGGCGACCAAUGCGUGCGUUACCAGCAACUGUGUGACGGCAACUCAGACUGCCGUGACGCAUCAGAUGAGAGCAUAGACAACUGCGGCUCGGCCCGGAUCCCACCUUGUCCCGGCAGCUUCUCAUGUGACAAUCGCACCUGCGUGAACAUGUCAAGAGUGUGCAACGGUAUCCCUGACUGUCCGCGGGGCGAUGACGAGCUCCUGUGUGGUAAAUACGUCUCACCAGCGCCCCCUGGCGGUAGGAAUACCACCGUCUCCUGUCCCGAAUUCACCUGUCUGGAUGGAUCUUGUAUCAAUUUCAACAUGAUGUGCAAUGGUGUGGCAGACUGCCCAGAUUCCUCGCUGGCACCGCUCGGGGGUCCCACUGAUGAGCAGGGUUGUCGAAGUUGGGGCUCCUGGGGUUCUUGGACCCCCUGCAGCACCACCUGUGGUACGGGCUCCAUGAGCCGGCGCAGAUCUUGUCCCGCGGGAGACAUAUUGCACCACUGUCGGGGUCAGGAGGUCCAGAAGCAGCAGUGCUUCAACACCACUUGCCCUGUGGAUGGCCGCUGGCUUCCAUGGGUGAGCUGGUCAAACUGUUCCAGCGAGUGUGGAGGAGUGCAGAUCCGACACAGAGACUGCAUCCUGCCUCAACAUGGAGGACGAGAUUGCUUCCAGCUCCCGGGACCGUCCAACCUAAGCUUGGAAAUCAGGCCUUGUUCGGAGGAUUCCUGUUCCAGCAGCAGCUGUCCGACAGGCCUGGUGAGGCACAACUGUUCCCCCUGCCCAGUGUCUUGUGCUCACAUCAGCAGUGGGACUACCUGCGAUCCCACAGCACCCUGCUUCUCAGGCUGCUGGUGUCCAGAGGGGCGGGUAAUGAGCCACACCCAGCAGUGUGUGUUGCCAGAGGAGUGUGUGUGUGAGCUGGCAGGCGUGCGCUACAGGCCAGGACAGCAGAUGAAGGUGGACUGUGAGAUUUGUGUAUGUGAGAGAGGAAGACCUCAACGAUGCCAACCCAACCCGGACUGCUCUGUACAUUGCGCCUGGUCGUCAUGGUCGGAGUGGGGCCAGUGUUUGGGGCCAUGUGGUGUGCAGAGUGUCCAGUGGUCAUUCCGGAGUCCAAACAACCCCACUAACCACAGAGAUACGAAAAACUGUAGAGGGAUCUAUCGAAAAGCACGUCGAUGUCAGACUGACCCCUGUGAUGAGUGCGAGUACCAAGGUCAGUCCCACACGGUUGGGGACAGGUGGAGGACCGACCAUUGCCACUUGUGUCAUUGUUUGCCCAACCUCUCGGUGCAGUGCUCUCCCUACUGCCCGUAUGCUGUUACCGGAUGCCCACAGGGCCAGAGUCUAGUUCCCGGAGAGGGUGACACAUGUUGUUACUGUCAAGCGAGCAAUAAAAGUUCCGCAGUGACACUCAGCCCCUCCCCUGUGACUUCCGAGCCAGGAAAGGACAUCGCUCCCUUGGUGCCCACCUACCCGCUCCCCCCUGGCGAGGAGUGCUGGUUUCCUUUGGGUGUUCAGUUUCUGCCGGCCUCCAGUUUCCAUGCCUCAUCUCAGCAAACUGGUCAUCCCCCUGAGGCAGCUCGCCUUCAUGGUUGGGACCCCCACACAGACCUUCAGGGCUGGAGUCCAGAACCAGAAGAAUAUAAGGAUCUACCACAGCGCAGCCGCGAGGGGCAAAGUAGCAACACACAAAGCCCCUACAUACAGAUUGACCUACUGAAAGAAUACAACAUCACUGGGGUACUUACCCAAGGGGGUGGUGUGUUUGACACGUACGUCUCCAGCUUAUACCUGCAGUUUAGCCGAGAUGCAAAACUGUGGUACAUCUACAAAGAGCUUGUGACUGACGCACAGCCCAGAGCUAAGGUUUUUCAUGGUAAUCACAAUGAGGGAGGGGUUGCUGAGAUCAAAUUGGACAGGAUGGUGUCGGCUCAGUUUGUCCGCCUGCUACCACAUGAUUUCCAUAAUGGCAUCUAUCUUCGUCUUGAAAUUAUGGGAUGUGAACAUGGGUACCGCUGGUCAACCGUACCCACACCGACUUGGACCGUCUCGCCAAUCGGUGGCUGCAGAGAAAAGGAACUCCGGUGUAAAAAUGGACGCUGUGUACGAGCCGGCCCGUCAGGAGUUAUCUGCGAUGGGGUCGAUGAUUGUGGUGACGGCUCGGAUGAGAUAUACUGUGGCACACAGACCUACCCGACAAGUCCUCUGAGCUGUCUGGGUGGUCAGUACUUAUGCCUUCCACCAGGGGGCUGUAUCGACACAGGAAAACGUUGCGAUGGGAUUCCUCACUGUCCCAGAGGAGAUGAUGAAAGUGAAUGUCACCUGCAUGAGAACAUCACGGCGCAGUCUGACAGACCAUACACACCCACCGCUGCCCCUAUCAGGACCCCUUCCAGGAUCCCUGUGACUCGUCCUGCAAUAUCACCAACAGAUGGUGGCUCUGGAUUUCGUGGCAUCUGCUCCUCUGCACUCGGACUGGAGGAUGGAAGCAUUCGUUAUGGUCAGCUGACCUCAUCCUCCUAUCGUGAAAACAACCCCGCUGAUGCCGGUCGACUGAAUAUCAUUCCCAAUGUUCAAGUUAUGGAACCUGGAUGGAGCCCCUUGCCUACAGACCUCCAACCGUACUUCCAGGUUGAUUUCCUAGAGCCCACGUGGGUUUCAGGGGUUGUGAUGCAAGGCAGCGAGCGCAUGUGGGGUUACCUCACAAAAUACAGAUUAGGUUUUGCCCUGCAUGACAGCCUCUUCACCAACUAUACGCGGAAUGGCAAGCCUGGUAGUCCUGCUAAGGUAUUUGAAGUACGGAUGGUGGGUCGGACCCCUGUGACCCGCUGGCUCGGAAGGCUUGUCCGGGCUCGCUAUCUGCGCAUCAUUCCCGUGGAGUUCAGACACACGUUCAACCUUCGUGUUGAGAUCCUCGGCUGCAGAGGAGAUGAGCUGGUGACCCCCAGCAGUGUUACUUCUCCCUCUGGUGGUGGGAAAAUUACACUGAAACGCUGUCAACCAGGCCAGUUCGCCUGCCAGCAGAGUGAGCAAUGCGUUCCCAUUGCUGUAGUUUGUGAUGGGCGAAUGGACUGCAAGGAUCAUACAGAUGAAAUGAAUUGUGGCAUUCCAGGUUUACAGAACCAAACUAGUCCCGCCGGUAGACCAGGCUUCCAUGGUGACAUGACAACAGGUGCGCCGGGCCUCCAAACCACCAAGCCACGAGGUGGUCUGCCCGGUGUGGCUACAGCUGGAGUCACAGGACAACCUGGACUUUGGAAAGCCACCACCACGCACAUUGAAGUGACUACUGGCCAGCCUGGACUGCACUUCUCUCCAUCGCACCAGCCUGGAGUACCUGGCCUACAAACCACAAAGCCUCAGUGGAUCACCACACCCCCCCAUGAUGGGGGCUCGCCCAGAGUGCUUUGCGUGGAAGGCCAGUUUGCAUGCCGCUCAUUUGGCUGUGUCGACUCGGCGCAGGUGUGUGACGGCAGGUGGGACUGUUUGGACGGGUCCGAUGAAGAGCGCUGUGGUUCCUUUGUAAGUCCGGUGCCUAGCCAACGCCCGCCCGUGCCGAGCCCCUGCUCACCCAAGCAGUUCUCCUGUAAUAGCGGCGAAUGCAUUCACCUGGACCGCAAAUGUGAUCUGCAGAAGGACUGUGUGGACGGUUCAGAUGAAAACGACUGCAUUGAGUGCAUAAUGUCCCAGUGGACCUCAUGGAGUCUGUGCAGUGUGUCCUGUGGUGUGGGCUCGCUCUUUCGACAGAGAGACAUUGUGAGGGAAGCGCUACCUGGAGGAUCCUGCAAUGGGGCUCAAUUUGACAGUCGCGCCUGCUUCCCACGACCGUGCCCAGUCGAUGGUCAUUGGUCACAGUGGACAGAAUGGUCUGAGUGUGACGUUCAGUGUGGAGGGGGUGUCAGGCAAAGGAGGAGAACCUGUUCUGCACCUGCCCCGAAAAAUGACGGCAGGGAUUGCGAGGGCAUGAGCCAGCAGAGUCAGAGCUGCAACAGUCAACCCUGCACCAAAGACACGGGAACACAGACAGGUUGUGUCAAUGGUAUGGUGCUCGCCUCCGACGCUGACUGUCUGAGUGGAAUAUUCGAGCCUUGUCCUCCAAUAUGCUCACAUCUUAGCUUCACCAACAACUGCACUGAAGAAUGCAAACCAGGCUGCCGCUGUCCCAACGGAAUGUACCUACAGGGAGGACAGUGUGUGAGUGCAAGCCAAUGUGUCUGUCACUGGAACGGCCAAAACCUGCAGCCAGGACAAACAAUCAGCAGGGACCAUUGCACUACAUGUAUGUGCCAGGAUGGGAAAGUCCUCUGUAACUCCUCCAGUUGUGCUACAACCUGUCAGUGGUCAGCCUGGUCGUCAUGGUCUCCAUGCGAUGUCACCUGUGGGCUCGGGCUCCAACAGCGCUUCAGGUCUCCAGUGAAUCAGACAGGAACCCUCAGAGGACAUUUCUGCCCAGGAGACUCAGCUGAAGUCAAGCGCUGCUCCAUCCCCUGCGACACUGACGAAGCCGUUGGAAAUUGGAGUAAAUGGACCAGCUGGUCAGAAUGCAGUAAGACGUGUUUCCAUCACGCAGACGAUGUAGGAAUCAGGCAACGAUUCAGAAGCUGCAACCAAUCCGACGCUCAGUCUAUCUGUGAUGGCGACGACGCAGAGCACGAGCCGUGCAACAUCGUACACUGUGCAGUGGAUGGUGGCUGGUCUGCGUGGUCUGCGUGGUCUCUCUGCUCAUCGGAGUGUAAUUCUGGCGUCCAAACACGAGAGCGAUUCUGCAUUUCGCCCCCACCGCAAUAUGGGGGCAGAAGCUGUCCCGGCCCGCACAUUCAGACAGCAGACUGUAAUGCCCACCCUUGCUCAGGUCUUUGCCCAGAAGGAAUGAUGUACAUGACCGCAGGUGAAUGUGAGGAUCACGGAGGCCCAUGCCCACGAGUCUGUAUGGACAUGACCUCCGCCGAGGUGCAGUGUGCCACUGCCUGUUACGAUGGCUGCUACUGCGUACUGGGCUUGUACUUGCUCAACGGCAGCUGCGUGCCUUUGUCCCAAUGCCCGUGUUACCAUCGGGGGGAGCAAUACCCGGCUGGGGCAACUCUUCCCGUAGAUGCCUGCAACAACUGCACAUGCACCGAUGGAGAAAUGUCAUGUGGAACGACGUCUUGUCCUGUGGACUGCGGUUGGAGCAGCUGGACUCAGUGGAGCUCCUGCAGUCGAACAUGUGAUGUCGGCGUGAGAAGGCGUUACCGUUCGGGAACCAAUCCCCCACCAGAGUUCGGGGGUCGUCCCUGUGAAGGCGCCAGAGUUGGGGUGGACACAUGCAGUAUUGAACCAUGUUUUGGUGUCAGAGAACCAUGGAGUGAGUGGUCAGAGUGCUCAGUGACAUGUGGAGGAGGUUACAGGACCAGAACCAGUGGGCCUAUCAGAAUCCAUGGCACAGCACAACAGUUCAGUGCCUGUAAUCUGCAGCCAUGUGGGGAUAGCAAAGUGUGUCCGCUGGGGCAGGAAUGGAAGCAGUGUGUGACAGGAGCAGUGUCAUGUUCAGACCUGACGAUGGAACUCAGUCGGAACUGCACGCCAGGCUGCCGGUGUCCGACUGGAACUUUCCAGCAGGAUGGCGAAUGCAUCCAGGAGUCUGAUUGUCGCUGCGACGUUGAUGGAGAACAGCACAAACCAGGAGACAUUAUUUUUUCUGGCUGCAAAAACUGUACGUGUGAAGCAGGAAGACUUGUCAACUGUUCUCAAGCCAGAUGCAAUGCUGAUGGCCAGUGGUCAUUGUGGACCCCUUGGGGUCACUGCUCAGUGUCAUGCGGGGCAGGUCUCCUGUCCCGAUAUCGGUUCUGCUCUAGCCCUCAGCGCUCUGGCAAUGGCCUGCCAUGUCUGGGGCCUAACCGUGAGGACAAAGUCUGCGUCACCGCCCCGUGUGAUCGUGACGGCGGUUGGGGUUCUUGGAGUAACUGGACGCAGUGUACCAAGUCAUGUGGCGGGGGCGUUCAGAGCCGAAGGAGAUACUGUGACAGUCCAACCCCUGAAGGAGAAGGAAAUUACUGUGAGGGACUUGGAUCUGAGCUCAAAGCCUGUAACACUGCCCACUGUCCAGUGGCGCCGUGCUCCAAGGUCCCAGGCACGGCAUUCAGUAGUUGUGGACCAUCCUGCCCGCGCUCCUGUGAUGACCUGGCUCAUUGCGAGUGGCUUUGUGAGCCAGGGUGCUACUGUACCGAGGGAAAGGUUUUGUCAGCGAAUGGAACGGUCUGUUUGGAGCACGAAGAAUGCCCCUGCCUUGAGCUUACAACUGGACGCCGGCUCGAGCCCGGAGACGUGAUUGCGGCUCCUGAUGGCUGUAACAACUGUACCUGUGAGGGCGGGAAGCUUAACUGCUCGCAAAACCCUUGCCCAGUAUCAGGCAGCUGGUGUGACUGGUCCAUGUGGACUCCAUGCUCCAGGACCUGCGGGGCAGAGUCAGUAUCCCGUUACAGAAGCUGUGGCUGUCCGGAACCAAAAGCUGGCGGGCAGCCUUGUCACGGAGAACAGGAAAUACACAAUGGCGUUGGCGCGCAAAUCCAGAGACAGCCCUGUCCCGUCAUCACCUUCUGUCCAGUGCAAGGUUCUUGGAGUUCCUGGUCAGCAUGGUCGGCAUGCGAUGGGUGUGACGGGUUCUCCAAUCGCACCAGAGACUGCAACAGCCCUCCUGCUCGAUUUGGUGGUCUGCCCUGCCUCGGAGAGAGCAUGCAGAGUCGUGGUUGCCAUGACAACAUGACUGUGUGCUCAGAAUGCGGUGGAGGCCAGGAAGAAUGGCCCUGUGGCAAACCCUGCCCUCGCUCCUGUUCUGAUCUCCAUGGUGACACGGAGUGCCUGGACUCGCCAGGAUGCAGCAAGACCUGCGGUUGCCCCGGUGACAUGGUCCUGCAGGAUGGCGUGUGUGUAACCAGAGAGCAGUGUCGCUGCAAAUACGAAAACAUCUCUGCUGAUGAUUCCAGACCCGGCGAGACUGAGUGGCAGUUUGCAAGUCAAGGAGAAGAAAUCAUCAUGGACUGCAAAAAUUGUUCCUGCCAAGCUGGGAUUUUGCACUGUCACCCACUCCCCGGCUGCUAUGUGGAUGGCGGCUGGGGCCAGUGGGCAACUUGGUCUUCGUGUUCAGUUUCCUGCGGAGGAGGAGUUCACUUCAGGAGACGCCAGUGUGAUAAUCCAUCUCCUCAGAGUGGAGGGAGAGGUUGCCUGGGAAUUGGCGAACAGCAGAGAGACUGCAACACACAUUUGUGCACAGACACGGUGGGCCCUUGGCGACCCUGGUCUCAGUGGUCGGAAUGCUCUGUCAGUUGCGGUGGCGGCCAGCAGUCUCGAUUCCGAAUGUGCGGCUCAUCGGGCUGCAGUGGCAUCAGCCGCCAGAGUAAGACUUGCAAUACGGAGGUCUGCCUUGAAGCGGGCUGCCCCCCAGGCAGGCUGUACAGGGAGUGUGAGCGAUGGGAGGGCUGCCCUUUUAGCUGCGACCAGGUCAGCGGCAGGGAGGGCUGCUACACCGAUGGCUGUGAGGAAGGCUGUCACUGCCCCCUGCACACUUUCCAACAUAACGGCAUCUGCCGGCAUGAGUGUCCCUGUUUAGUCGAUGAGGAGUUUCUAGCAUCUCUGCAGAGUGUCUCCAUCACACCAGUCUCAACUCUGCUCCUUCAUAACAUCUCAGAAGGUGUAGAGCUCCAGCCUGGGGACACACUGAUUCAUGACUGCAGCUCAUGUGUCUGUGAGCACGGCAAAUGGAACUGUUCGUUGGAGCACUGUCCUGUUGACGGCGGUCUGUCACCUUGGGGCUCCUGGAGCUCAUGCUCGCUGUCCUGUGGCGGUCUUGGGUUGAAAACCCGCACCCGAGGCUGCACCCAACCUGCUCCAGCACACGGAGGGAAAGGUUGCAUCGGGCCAUACGUUGAAAGCACCUACUGCCAGGCCCCUGACUGCUCAGUUGUUGGUCCAACAGAAGAACCCACCCUGCCAGAUGAAGAUGCUGGUUUCACUGGCUGGUCAACAUGGAGUCCAUGUACUAAAACAUGCAGUGAUGCUCGCUCUCCAGCUAUGAAGUCCCGUUAUCGUCAGUGCAUGAAACCCCCGUGCUUUGGGGACUCCCAUCAAGACAAAGCCUGCAACCUCCCUCAGUGCCCAGACUCAGACGGUGAGGAGCUCUGCAUUGGGGACGAUUGUGAGGAGAGGAACUGUACCUGGACAGAUUGGGGGACGUGGGGUUCCUGUUCCCGUUCCUGCGGCGUGGGCCAGCAGCAGAGGAUCCGAACCUUCCUGGGCCCUGGGCCCAAUGGCUUCUGGUGUGACGACAUCUUGGGAGGAAAUAUAGAGCGCCGCUUUUGUAACAUAAGGCCCUGCCGUGUGGAUGCGAGCUGGUCCCGCUGGAGUCCGUGGUCCCGGUGCGAUAAACUCUGCGGGGGCGGCCGCUCCAUACGCACCCGCUCCUGCUCUCCACCCAAGAACGGAGGAAAGAAGUGCCAAGGAGAGAAAAACCAGGUCAAACCAUGCAACACUAAACCCUGCGAUGAACAAGGAUGCCCGCCGGGACAGGAGGUCGUGUCUUGUGCCAACGAGUGUCCACAGCGCUGCGCUGACCUCCAGCAAGGCAUUGAGUGCCAGACCAACAUUGAAUGUCAACCCGGAUGUCGCUGCCCUGAAGGACAGUUGCAGCAGGACGGAGCGUGUGUGCAUCUGUGGCAGUGUGACUGCGUGGACUCGCAGGGCCAAAUUUGGGCUGCCGGCAGCGGGCAUCAGAUCGACUGCAACAACUGCAGCUGCACCAAUGGGCAGUUGGUCUGCAGCAAUCACAGCUGCCAGGCCACAUGCACUUGGAGCUCUUGGUCCAAUUGGGCAUCAUGUAGCGUUACUUGUGGGCACGGACGGAGAACCCGAUACAGAUCUCUCAUCUCAGAAACCGAGGGAACAGAUUGUCAAUUUGAGGAAGUCAAUCAUAAACCCUGUGAGCCAGGGCCCUGCCCUCCUCUUUGUUUCCAUGAUGACCAGGAGCUACAUGUGGGAGACACCUGGCUUUUGGGAGAGUGUAAACAAUGCACAUGCACUCCAGAGGGAGAUUACUGCCAAGACAUCGAUUGUAGAGUGGAUGGUGGCUGGACUCCGUGGUCAGUGUGGUCUGACUGCUCAGAGACCUGUGGACAAGGAACACAAGUUCAAACCCGAGCCUGUAUCAACCCGCCACCUCGUAACAAUGGCUCGCACUGUGAUGGUCCGGAGAGACAGAACCAAGAAUGUCAUGCUGCUCCCUGUCUGGAUGACCUUUGCCCCUGGUCGCCGUGGUCACCGUGUUCCCGCAGUUGCGGGGCGGGGACUGUGGUGCGACGUAGGGUGUGCGUCUGCGGGAAGGGAGGCACUGCAGCGUGUCCUGCUGAGAUUGAAGCCGAGAUGAAGCAAGAAGAGAAUCAGCUAUGUUUCAAACAGCCAUGUCCAGAAUGCCCCAUGUCAGCCUGGAGCGUUUGGUCUCCGUGCUCAUGUGAGUCUCAGAGGCAGCAGCGCUACCGUGUAGCUGUCACAGCGGCCACCAGGGGGCAGCAGUGCACCCCUGUUGAAACACAGAGCAAACCAUGCAGCCUCAGCCACUGUGAUGAAUGUGAAGCGCCGUUUGUGUAUUCCCCAUGUGGUACACCCUGUGAGAAGCACUGCGAGCUCCAUGGCCGUACGGACCUGUGCCUGGGGGUCAGAGAGUGUACACCCGGCUGCUACUGUCCACCGGGCUUGCUGCAGCAGAAUGGUAGCUGUGUACCAUCAGAGCAUUGUGGCUGCAUCUACUUGCAGGACCGACCUUCGGGGCAAUCGCCUACGCCGGUCACUGUUCCUCAGGGUUCUACAGUUGCUAUCGGCUGCAGUACCUGUCUUUGCCAUGACGGGAUGUUGGAGUGUGACAUGAGAGAGUGUGAAGUCAUCCUCAGUGAAUGGUCGGAGUGGACUUCGUGCUCUCCCUGCAUGCCUUACUCCUCCCUGAACCCAAACAGCACUCUGCUGGAAGGGGCUGUCAACAGAAGUGAAAUGGUUUCAGUCCAGAGGCGUUUCCGGGCCUGUUUAGACUUUGACUCUGGUUUACCAGUACCUGGAGAGCAGGAGAAAAAUCAGUGUCCACAUCCACAAGUUGAGGACAGGCUGUGUCCGGAUGACAGCAUGUGCCAAGAUUUAUGUCAGUGGAGCGCGUGGAGUGCUUGGACAGUUUGUGCCCAACCGUGCAGCGGUGGAGUCAGGCAGCGCUACAGGCAUCCUCUGGCCUCUCCCCCAGGACCCCUCUGCCGGAUCCAGCAGACUCAAAGCCAGAGCUGCAACACAGGACUUUGCCCGGGUGAACGCUGUGAAGACAGGGGGCGUGUCUACCAAGAGGCCUGUGCCAAUCUGUGUCCUCGCAGCUGCACUGAUUUAUGGGAGCAUGUACAGUGUCUCCAAGGACGCUGUCAUUCAGGUUGUCGUUGCCCAGAGGGACAGCUAUUGCAGGACAGCCAUUGUGUACCCGUGGCAGAAUGUCGCUGCGGUAUCCCAUCGGGCAACGGGACAUUGGAGUUCAUGCCUAACGAAGGGCUUGCCGUGGACUGCAACACCUGCGUGUGUGAGAAUGGAACUCUCGCGUGCACCGAUCGUCCCUGUCCUGUGUAUGAGCCUUGGACCCCAUGGACGUCCUGCUCCGCUUCGUGUGGGCGUGGCCACUGGACACGAACGCGCCUGUGCCAAGACAGAGAGGGCGGACCUUCCUGUUCUGAAACCAUCCAGACAGAAAGCUGCGACUUGCGCCCGUGCCCUGCGGGAUGUUUGUUGAGUGAAUGGUCGAGCUGGAGCGAGUGCAGCGCCACAUGCGGCAGUGGGUUGUCCGCUCGUAACAGGACAAUCCUUCGGGAAUCAGAGCCGGGCGGGGACGCUUGUGCUGGGCCACUUGAGCAACACACUGUCUGCAACAGCAACCGCUGUGGAACCGAGUGCCCGGAUGGCCAGGUCUUCAGUGAAUGUUCCGGUUCCUGUCCAUUUACCUGUGAAGACCUGUGGCCUCACACUCAGUGUUUGACAGGACCUUGCAGCGCCGGGUGCUCCUGCCCACCUGGUCAGGUAUUGCAUGGAGGCUUGUGUGUGUCCCAUGCAGAAUGCCCCUGUUCACUUCUCUCUCUGCCGAUUGCCUACCAAACAUUGAAUAUGAGCACAGAAGUCCUGUCGCCUGGAACAUCUGUCCAGUAUCACUGCAACACAUGUGUGUGUCGCGGAGGAGUGUUUAACUGCACCUCCGAGCUCUGCGACGUGGACUGUGAGUGGUCCAACUGGUCCCAAUGGGGUCCAUGCUCAGCUAGCUGUGGUACAGGACAACAGAGCUCUACCAGAACUGUGGUAGGGCCGAGCCAGUAUGGAGGGGUCCCGUGUGAGGGCUCCGACCACCGCACUGCUCCUUGCGUGGCCCCAGAUUGUUCGUGUCCUGCCGGAGAGCGAUGGAAGCGUCGGAGGAGCUUGUCAGAAGACUUUCCACUCUGCGAAAGGAGCUGCGAGGACAUUUACUACCCGACUCCCAUCAACUGCAGUCACUCGUCAGAAGGCUGCGUGUGUCAGGAGGGGCUUUACCGAAACACCCAUGGCGUGUGCGUCAUUCCUGCUCUCUGCCCCUGCCACGCCCAAGGAGUCGUGCGGGAGGCAGGAUCCGAGUGGGAGGAGGACUGCCUGUCAUGUCGUUGCGUGAACGGGAAGAAACUGUGCAAGCCGAAGUGCCCUGAACUCCACUGUGAUGAGGGAGAAGUCAAAGUCGAGGAACCGGGCAGCUGUUGUCCAGUCUGCAGGAAGCCUUUUCCAGACGAGACCGCGCCGGAGUGCCGUCGCUACGUGCAGGUCAAGAACAUCACAAAGGGGAACUGUCGGCUUGACAACAUCGAGGUCAGCUUCUGCGAGGGGCGCUGUCUGUCCAGGACUGAUGUCAUCUUGGAGGAGCCCUACCUCAGGUCUGUGUGUGAGUGCUGCAGUUACCGUUUGGACCCGGACAACCCCGUGCGCUUCCUCAACUUGCGGUGCGACGGUGGCGACAGCGAGCCGGUCGUCCUGCCUGUCAUUCACAGCUGCGAGUGCACCAGCUGCCAAGGGGGUGACCUGUCCAGGCGAUGAGUACAUACAGUACAUGGGCGAGGGAUUUCGGUCACGCGUACAUUCGGGUGUACAAUGAAGAGGAGAGAGUUAUUUGGCCAAAUCAAACAGUUUGGAGGCAAUGGAUGAAUGAACCGCUCGGACCCUCUUUAUGGCCGCAUAAAAAUGUGUUUGUUUUGCCAUUCAACUUUGUAUGACCGAAAAUAGUCCUUUGAAUCCCAAACAUUCAGUCCCCGUGUUUAAUCGUUGUCUUGCACAGUUUUUUUUUUUUACCAACUCUAUUUUUGUAUGUAUUAUUAAAGGGCCUAUGGAUGACUCUAAAUAGGAACUUUCGAAAUUAAAUGACAAGUAGACGACAGUUUUGCUCACUACAAAUCUUUGUAUAGCAUGUGGUGAUUUUUUUUUAUUAUUACAUUUAUCGGAUUCAAUAAACCUUUGUACACACUGAA